GUGGAAUGGUUUCAAAGGCGCGAAAAAUGGCCUCUGGAACUUCGAGUCUUCAUCAUGUCAAUUGCAGCAUAUUGUUUGGCGCAUUUCAUCGUUCUCUCGUAUACUUUUCAUAGAUGCAAAGGAUCUUAAAUUCUUAACGAUGUAUCGCGCGAUAAAAACGAGCUGGAAUAGAUGGCCUACAGGAAUUCCGGCGAGAUUUCUUUUGCUUCGUCUGCCGCGUAGCACGUGUUCAUCAUCAACAACAUUUCAUGAGAUCGAGCCAAAUGAAGAACAAAAGAGAUUCAACCCACUUGAAAUACAAAUGCUGUCUAGUUCGCUACACGCUCAAGUGUUCCGUGGCAAAAUGGAUACCUACGAUCCAACGACGAUUAAAAAAUGCCAAGAACAUUUGACUGCACACAGCUUGUGGAAGAAAAGUGGGACAGUCUUACCUGAAGUGGAGUUUGAGCUACCACCCCAGCUGGGCUCAAACAUCGAUGAACACUUUAGAAACAUCGCAGAGCAACAAAGCAGGCCGUAUUUUGAAAAGGCUAAGUUGUUAGCGGAAUUAAGACUUCCUGCAAUACCAAAUGAGUGGUGUUUCUCUCCAGGGUGGACUAAGUAUGUAUAUGACGACAAGGAUCUUGUUACAUCAUCAGUGGAUGUUCCAGACGAGGAUGCUUUAAUCUUUGACGUUGAAGUUUCUGUUAAUGAAGGUCCUUUUCCUGUUAUUGCUGUAGCAGCAUCACCUACUGCUUGGUAGGUGAUCAACACAACUUACAGAAUUACCUAGUAGGUUUUUCAGGAUCUGGGAUUGCCAUUUAAUACUUGAAGCUCUGGAUUAGGGAUAUUAUGCGUCAGUCAAUUCCAGCUGUGCCCAACACCCCCGGGCACUAGCAUUUUUUUUGCCUUGGAUGGCAAAUUCCUGGGGGUGGGGACUCUUGAGGCGGUCAAAUCCCCCGAGGUGGUAACGAAAAAAGAGGGCAAAUGCCCCAUUCUCUGUCAACAUUGCAACCUUUUUCAUUGAUCGCACAGUCGAAUAGUGCUGUUUUAAACAUUUUAAUGUCCCAUUUUUUGUUUCAAGUAACGUCUUCUUUGUACUAGCACUAGGAUUCUUUAUUAAGACUUCACGUGGCGACGACAUGAACCAGUUUAUGGUUUUAGUAUUGAUAUAAAAUUAUUGACGUUAAAAUUAAUAGAGCGCUGUAAAGUUACAUGUUAUGAAUAGUUCUAUAAAUAUGAAAGGAUGUUCUUCAAAAAAUAUCAACAGAAAUUUGAUUCACUAACUAAACAAUGUUGAUUCAGGUCGAUAGCUCCCGAGUUUUGCUAUGUAAUUCUGGCUUGAUAAGCAAUGAAAAAAUGCAUGCAUAAAAUCAAGAACAUGCCUUUACAACCCCCUGUCUUGGAUCAAUGAGCCAAUAUGCAUUUUUCCAGUAAUAUCCUCUUUGUAGUUUAUAUUCUGAUAUUCACCUCUACACAAACCACGAUGUACAAAUGUGAACCCUCCUUAGCAGUCUUUGUUAGUGGAGGCUUUGAUGUUAUACUGUCCAUUUGUGGGACCAGUUUAAUUAAUUUCUUUAGCACCACUGUUCGAAAAGAGUAGGGGACGUAGACCCCGAUGUUGUGGUCAACCUUCACUCAUCACAUCAUUCACAUCAUGGGUUGGGUCACUGCCAGGACAGGGUACAAUAAGCUCACAAAUGGACUGAGAGCGGCUGCCAGUGGUGCCUUUAUAUGCUGACACCCGAGCUUGUAUACUGUUCAUAUGUUAAAAUGUAUGGUAAGAGGGCGUGUCUGUUGUCCUCUCAUCCACGACUCUUCAUUUCAUUUCAUUUCAUACUCAUGCCUACUCAGGUACAGUUGGGUGAGUCCAAGACUUAUAGAAGACAAGAGUUACCAGUGGUUGGUGCAGCCAACACCUAAGUUAUACAUACCACUAGAGAUUCCUGAGGGACAAGACUGGAGACAGGCAGAGUGGAAAGAGAGGCUUAUUGUUGGUCAUUCUAUUGGAUAUGACAGAUCAUUUAUAAAAGAGCAGUAUUAUAUUAAGGUAUGAUUGCUUAGUCUGUUAUGUUUUCAAGUGGAUAGAUUUCGCUGACUGUUUAACCAUGAACUGUCAGUACCACUCGGACUAUCAAAAGUAUCCAUUAUAUUAAAAGGAAAGUGAAGACAGAAGCAGGAUUAGAGAAUUGCCAUAUACAGGGUUUUCAGUAAGAAUUCUGCUAGCAGAAGAAAGGUGUAAUGUUGCAGGAGAAUAUUUUGAAAGAGGCUCCCAUGUCUGAAUAAAAAAUAGUCAGAGGCUACCAAUUGUUAGCUCGGGAAUUCUGCAUAGUAAAUGGAAAAUUCUGUUAUCUCUGAUGCCUAAUGAACACCCUGCAUAAUUAUAUUGCCUUGUAAUUAGUCUAAAUAGUAUUACAUACAAAAUGACCCUUUUUUGCCCUUUCAUUCCCAGAAUGAAUAAUUAGUAUUGUCGCAUCACAAUAAGUUUUUUAUUUAAACUUAUGAAAUAUUUUACCUAAGCCUUUGUAAGUUUGGGGCAUGGUUACUGACAGCAGAAUCCUCUUUAAUUUGUGCAGGACUGUAUGUUUUGGUUCAAGCAAGGUUCACUCACUUUAAGUGGAUGUGUUGUCGAUCACAUUUCCAGUUCCUUUUUAAUUUGCCUAUUUCAGGGACCAAAGACAUAUUUUCUGGAUACUCUGAGUCUUCACAUGUGCAUUGCAGGCUUCACAAGUCUGCAGCGCAACCUUUGGGAGUCAGCAAAUGCAGGUCGCAUUGGAAAAGUGCCAUGGAUGUUGGGUGGCUCAGGGAAUAAGCUGCAGGACCUUCAGUCUCUUUAUUGUGGGAGAGAUGAUUUAGACAAGUCAAUGGUGAAAAUAUUUGUGGAAGGGAUGCUUGAUGAUGUUCGAGAACAUUUCCAGGUAUAAAGAAAAAAAAAGAAAUUAAAUGAGGUUCUCUAAAAGUAGAAUAUGAAAAAUUAAUGUUGGCAUUAUAUUGAUUUCAUGUCGCUGGACUUAGUUUCUGUAAGUCAUACAUCAAAACUUAUAUUUAAAUUUUUUUUUUUCAGUCAAUCUUUACUUUAAAAAAAUUAUAUUACUAACACUUCAUGUAACCAUCUGAUGCUGAUCAGCAACAUUUCUCCUGUUGUUGACAGUUAAUUUAUUGAUCUCUUGUACAAUAAAUUAUUUCCCAGCACCUUACAGUUUCCUAAAAUGAAGCUAUCAAUGAAACCAACGCUCUGUUUUGGGCUCUUUAAGUUAUUUAUCUUUGGCUAAUUAUUUUUUUCAAAAGGAGUUGGUAACAUAUUGUGCUAAGGAUACAGCUGCAACUCAGGAAGUAUUUGCUGCCCUUUGGCCCAAGUUCCUGGAUAGGUUUCCUCACCCUGUGUCUUUUGCUGGGAUGUUAGAAAUGGGAUCAGCAUAUCUCCCCGUCAAUCAAUCUUGGGAAAAUUACAUCAGGGACGCUGACAAUACCUAUGAUGACUUAGAAAAUGAGAUGAAGCGCUCACUGAUGAAACUGGCAGAUGAUACUUGCAAUUGUCUUCAUGGAAAAAGGUUUGGAAAGAGUCGCCCCAUGUUAGAUAAUCCAAGACAGUCUUGGAUUCUGAAUUCCACACUAUGGAUUCCAGAUAACAACUACUGGAUUCUGGAUUCCUUGUCGGUGGAAUUUAGAUUCUGGAUUCGAAUUGUUAGCAGGUUUCUGAACUCCUAGAGCUGAAUUCCAGAUUCCAAAGCCCAUGACUCCGGAUUCUAGGAGCAAAAAUUUCCUGUAUUGCAGAAUCUGAAUUACCUUACAUGGAGUGAAAAGAGUUAUAAUCAUUUUUUUUGACCCUGCAUUUAUUUGUAUUGUCUUCAUAAUACUUCCACAUUAGAUGCCUGCCCCUGUUGGGGAUUACAAUGUAUGCAUUAUUGAGCAAGUGUUUAGUCUGGAUACAAAUAUUUAUGGACUGAGAAGAAGUCAAAGGCACAAGCUUGGUCAAUAAAGGAUUUAUUAUGUGGGCAGAAAGAAAUCUUUUUUAGUGGGACCAUUGGGAAAAUCCUGAGGGCCAAGAUGAGCCCAUUUUGCCAGCUUGUGUAGCCAAUCAGAACACAAGAUUUGCUUGAUCUUGCCCACAAAUAAUAUUAUAUGCUGAGAGCAUAAAGUGCCCCUUAUAAUCCCUGGGCUUAUACAUCUACAUAAGGGUUUUCGGAGGGCUUAUACAUGGAGGGGCUUAUAUGUCAAGCGGCUCAUAACCAAAGUCGAAAAAUUGCUUCUAAACAAGUUAUAGCAUGCUGAUCAAAAUACCUUUUGCAUUGACUGGUUUUUAAUAAAUCUUCAAAACGUCCUUAUAAAUCUAAUUCAUUUUAAUAUAAUUUUAGGAAGGCUUAUACCCAGGGGGCCUAUAAUCAGAUUAGUAAAAUCCAACUAGUGGUCUAUUAUCAAUGCUGCAUUCUGAUUGGUUGAGCUACUACUAGGCUAUAUGUUAUAGCCCCCUAGUAGGGAAAAGCACAGGCUUUUUGGCGGCAAAAAAGGAUUAAAGUAAAAGGAUUAAAGUCUAGCUUUAACUAGCUAAAUUUUUUUUUCUCGAUAUUUUUGACCAACUAGUUGUAUUUUACUAAAAAAAGUUAUUCCCCUCUCCCUCAUGGCCUCUGAGGUAAUAGCCCAUUCGGCCUUCAGCCUCAUGGGCUAUUGACUCAGAGCCCAUUCAGGCUCGAGGAAUAAUUGUGAAAUAUUUUUUGUUUACAGUUAGGUAAGCCUACAACAGGGUAUGUGUGUGUGGGUGUAGGGUGGGAGGGGGGUGGGGGUUAUAGGCGGUGGAGCUUAUAAGCAGCAAUUUAGGGUAUUUAUGCAGCACAUUCCUGUUCUUUAAAUUUGGUCAGGUAUGCAGAGGAUGCAUGGCUCUGGGAAUUAGACUGGUCAGUACAAGAAAUAAGAACCAAAAAACUGAAACAGCCAAAGAAGAAAAGGCAAUCCAAGGUGGAAAAAAACACUACUAAUGUCAUCAGAACUGUAGAAGAAACGUCUGGCUUGUUUUCUGAAGAUGAAUUGAUCGAUGAUAACAAUGUGGAGGUAAUUGAAGGAUUAAAGAGCUCCACUGAUAUGAUAGCUACCGUUCCUCCAGCUGUGGAUGUGAUGUACAAGAGACGACAGAACUUGCCAGGUUAUCCUAAGUAAGUGAAUUAUUGUUGUUGUUGCUGUUUUUUAUUUCUUUCAACCCUUAAUACUCCAUUUUACAAUCCCAACAAUGCAAAGUUUGAAAGGGUUGGCUUUUUGGGAUAGGGAAAUCCGGAGAACACGAAGAAAAUCCUCUCGGGGUAAGGGAGAGAACUAACAAUAAACACAACCCACAUUAGGGAACUUAUUAAAGGCACCCAAGAAGGCGACGAUAACGAAGACGUUUUUGUAUUCUUAAGGUCGACUGUAAAUAAGUUCGAAAAAGAAACAGAGAAAUCGUCUUCUUGUUGUUUAAAACGUGAAUUGUGGAAGUUUCACGUCGUAGUCAUGCAGUUACUGCUGAGAAAAAGUAGGAUGCACGCGUAGAGUUGUCGGUUCACAACAACGGGACGAUUGGCAACAACUGUUUUCAGUGCAACCGAGCGUUGCAAAUAUUGUUGCGACCUUGUUUUUUGCGAAUCGUCUUGUGUAACCGACAUCGGCGUCCAACCCUUUUGCUUUAAUGACGUUCUCGUAGCUUUCGCCGCCCUUGGAUCUUAAUUGGCAGCUGAAGCAACUCCGACGACGUCGACGACAACAACUUCAAAAAACAAUAGGUUUAAUGAUCAAAACAACAGCUCUGCACGUGUAUCACGCUUUUUAGUACAUUAUUUUCUUUGAAGUCCACUGCACGACUACGACGUAAAACCUCCUAAUUUGACGUUUUUUGGAGGACGUGGACAUAAAUCGAGGAAUUUUCCUUCCUCUUUUUGAACUUGAAUAAAAUGCUUAAGAAUUCAACUCCGAGAAAAGUCGCCUGCAUUUGACAUAUUUAGCGGGUCCAAAUAGACGCGAUUAACUUUGAAAGAACGCAAAUUCAUUUGUUUUACCGACGUUUUCACUGCUGUCGUCGUCGUCCUUGCUUAAGUUCCGUACUGUCUCCAAAGGUUUUACAUUUUUCCCAAAGCUUUCAAAAUGUUUGAGGUUAUUUCGCAAUGAAAAAACUUUCAACCUGGUUUAACGGAAAAAAAUUGAACCCGAUUUCACGGGAACGGUCGUAAACAUAUAUCGUAAACGGUUUCGACCAUUAAUUUUAAUUUUACUCUUGUAAUAAAAUCUCCACGUAGAUUAAGCGUAGCAAGAGCGUUUCAGCCCUUAAUUUUGAGACUACUGAGAAAGGAAGACGUCGACUUCAUUCUCGCUUAAAAGAAAGGCAAAUUCUUGCUCAAAAGUCAAAAGGACGGCUUAAAAAAAUGGUUGCAACGACUUUGUAAGGAAAGAAUUCUUGAACACUUGCGAAUGUUCAAGGUGCUUUUAUCAAAAGUUAAUUAAUUAAAAUCCUGUUAAUUUCCAUUUUGACAGCUGUUUGCUCAAAAACUCCUGUUCACGUAAACAAGACGUAAUUUUCCAAACUUUGGCGCGCAAAGCUCCCAGUUUCACCAUGGGUAAGAAAAUAAAGUAACCUACCCAUCCGAGAAAAUUUGGCGCCAAGACGAACUCCGCCCGCCCGCGUUCACCGUCCGUCCGCAACAACACGUGAUUUUUACUGUUUGGCACAUUUCACUUUCUCGUGAUCGGUUGAGCGGCUUUGGGUUCUUAUUAACCCAUAUAACUUACCUCAGAAACUGUCGUAAGUAAUUCUUUUGUUCUUUUUGACGUAUCCAUGGAAAUUUCCCCGAAGUAAUUUCAUCUUGGUGAAAUCAGUCACACUCAAAAAGUUGCUUUCCCAUGGGCAACAGCCAUUAGUCCAUGGAUAAAAUGGCUAGUGUAACCGCACCUAUUAUGGCGUCGACGUUGAGACCUUCCACAAUGGAGGCAAGCAAGUGCUAUCAUCACGGGGCCGACCUUGAUCCAACAGAAACCAUGAAACAAACACAUCUCGUACAUGCGCAAUUCAAGACGUAGCUCCUUUAUUACUUUAACUUGAUUUUCUGCGAAGGUGUUUUCCACAAACAAUGCAAACAAAACACAUUUUUCGACCGUAUUUUUAGGUGGUACCGAUCUCUAUGUAUUGGACCAUCGGACAAAGAAGAGUGGAAGGAAGGGCCUGUAAACAUCAGCCCUCAGUGUCAAAUUGCGCCCAUGCUACUGCGCAUGACUUGGGAUGGAUUUCCACUGUACCACACUCGUAAGCAUGGCUGGGGAUACCUGGUCCCUGGAAGAACAGAUAAUCUCACUAGCAACCUGGUCACCUUGCCUAGUAACGAAGACGAACAUGUGGAAACAGAGAAACCAGAGUUAACAUUUCCAACUAGGUAGGUAGACACGUAAGUUUUGAAAGGGAAAUGGUUGGCAUUUAAACCAAGCAAAAUAGGUAGAUUUGACUAGGGCUAGAUUUUGCACUUACACGCCUCUGCGAUCUUAUGGCUUUGGAUCGUUAAGUUUAAGCAAAUGAACGCAGAUUUUAUUUGAAGUGAAACUAAGUGCUGGAGCUAAGCCGGAAUCUCGACGGCAUUUCUCUAAAGUAUAAUCCAUAAAACUCUUGUAUCAACAUUGCCAUUUUCUGCUUAUAAGCUAUUUUGGUCUUCGUAGGCUUCCUGCCUACAUUUGCCGAUAGAUUUCUUAUGUGAUUCCUUAAAUGUCUAAGAGAAUGGCAGAACAAGUCUUUUCUGUUCCAAAGUCAAAGCUUUUUCGUUUACAAUUCCACUGCGUGGGUAGCAUCUUAAGCGGGUGGGUUUAGGAGAAGUUACUUCAAUGAAUAUCUGACGGCGUUCUUUCAAAUUUCAGAGCGUUUAAUGAUCUCUGGAGAAAGCACAGCAUGAACAAAAAUCAGGAAAAGGGUGAUAGCAAGGACUCGACGUUUGAUGACAACGAAUUGGAUGUUUACUCUCUGAGUGAAGAUCAACUGUGGACAAAAUCAGAGCUGGAAGAAAUGAAGAAACCGAGACGCAGUGCCUCGCCAAAAACUGAUACUGAUACGACUCCGAGUAAGAAAGCAUCAAAAGUUAAAAGCCAAGAAACAAUCUCGGGUACAGAAAGCAAGCCUGAUUUUUAUCAUGGAGUUGGGCCUUUUAAUGAUGUUGAUCUUCCAGGAGUGUGGUUCUUCCGCAUACCUCAUAAGGUUUGAAACAAAAACAGAAGAAACUAUAAGUUGAAAGACAUAGAGAGCAAUAAACCAAUUGGAAAAAUGGUGUUGGCUGUGUCACGUGGUAUUUUAGAGGGGCAACCAGAUCAAUAAGCGGCUUUAGUUAGGAAUCACGGACGUUUUGCUUAUUCUAGACAACAAAUGUUUAAAAACUUGUAAUUCAAUAUGGGUUGAGUUGAUCGUUGUGUGUCGGUUAUUGAUGCAAUAUCAACCGACGGUACCCUGAGAAGUGAGCGCGCGCAAUUCUUGUGCGAAACUUGACGACAUUUGAUCUAGACAUUUUAGACUUGUGGAAGGAAAUUACAAACUCGAUACGUAACUGCUUGUUUUGGCAAGUUUUUUCGUUGGUUGACCCCCUAAGAGAGCACAUGAUAGUGAUCACUGACAAAUCACGUUUCGUCGUGAAAGGAAUUCAGUUUGCUGCCAAAGCCGCCAACACUAGGGUUGAACUGCGAAUGAGCAGAGCAUUUCGGCAAACGGCAAACCACUCUUUUCCCUACUGCGCAUGAGCAGACUUGUUCGAAGCUUGUUAUCAGCCGCUGAUGUUCAUUAAUGGCUUUUGAGCAAGAAAUAAUCUAUAAUUGGAUAUUAAACCACCGAACUACGGGGGACUUGUGAUAAGCAAGUUCCUACCUUUGGCUUUGCUGAGACUACUUCCAUUUUAACUGGUUGAUUAAAACGCUUAACUUUAAUUUUAACUUUGUAUAUAUUUAGCAAUUAUUGAAUUUGGCUUUCGUAGGGGAUAAAGAAUUCUGCAGAUCGGGGACCCUCCGAGAUUGCUUUAUUAUUCAUUCAAAAUAAUUCCAAGAUUAAAAACAAGCUAAAACAUUCUUACCUCGGUCGAUGUUAAGUUCAUAUCGAUAGUGCAUCUUUAUCGGGAAGUUUAGGAGAUAAACGGCUGUUUGGGUCUGCAAAUAUUCUCCAAAUGGCAGAUGUCGUCCGUCGAGUUGUCUUCUUACUGUUCUUGCCAUGUUUUUAGACAAUAGUUCGCCGUGAAACGAGUAAAAUGUUCGCACAUUACUCACUUCGAAAACAACUAAAACUGGUCCCUAGGUUUUCUCGGUUAACGGUUCAAUAAUCUACAACUUUGCUGCACAUUUGACGUCAUCGGCUCAAUAUGGCAAAUUGUUCCAAAUUUGGUCAACAGUAGCUGGGCAUGAGAAUUAUGCGUGUGAUUUUAGCCGAUCAGAAACGGAGAAAUAUUUUGAAUAAAUAGUGAAAAAAAAUUGAAAUUGUCCCAGUGAUUGAUGACAAAACUCUUUUAGUUAAAAUUUUUUGGAUCUGCUAUAUCAAGUGACUACAGCCUGAGACAGUCGAAAAUUCAGGUUAUCAUUUCUGACCUUUUCCUGUUUUAGAAUGGUGAAAACUACCGUUGCGGGAAUCCCUUGGCAAAAGACUACAUCAGUAAGAUUGAGGAUGGAACGUUGGUGGCUUCUGGAGACCACAGCGCUCAUAAAACUCUGAUCAUUAACAAGAUGAUUUCGUCGUGGAGAAAUGCUCAGAAGAGAAUAAGGUUCGGAUUUUUAGAAAACAGAGUAUAGAGGAUAAAACAGUGACUAUUUAUUUACUUAGGUUCGCAAAAUUCUUGGCAGGAUCACUGCAUCUUCGCGUGGUGCUAAUUACUGUGGCUAGUAACAGUUGCUUUCCCCAUGAAAGAUUGACCACAACACCAGGGACUACGUCCCCUACUCGUUACGAACAGUGCGUGGGUUCUUUAACAUCCCACAGAAUUAAUUUGUGCACGGGUUGUGAGAUGGGGCCUACGGUUUAUCGUCCCCAGUUAUUUAAGACCCUCAGUGUUGAUCUUGUCGAGGUUUAAUUUGAACCAUCGGCCUCCCGCUUAGCAGACAAGCGCUUAUCCAUAUUGUGGUUAGUGUUCCCUAUGAAUUUGUUUGAUAUCUUGUCCAUAAAUCUACGGGAGCAUUUACUCUCAUUUUAGUGUUUGAGAAAAGGUACUAAGUAAAUAUAAUAACUUAAGCACAGAGUUGACCAAAACAGUAAUAUCCUGAGGACAUAGCUCCUUUUAAGUCUUAAAUCUUUUAAAAAUCCUAAAUUUCAUUUUGUUAAGUAUUGCCGUAAGAAAACAUAGAAAAAAAGGAGGAAGAAAAUCGACAGGAAGUUGAUAUUGUAGUAAAAUGACGCAUUCCCUGUUCGUCUUCAUUUCUCUCCAAUCCUGUCCCUCCCCGUGUGAGCCUGACAUCACAGUGGUGUUGUUUGUUUUUACCUCUCAGGUCUCAGUUGGCUGUUUGGUUUGACAAAGACGAUCUGCCCGCAGAAAUAACAGGGUAUGAAAGAAAUAUCAGUCACUCGGACAUGGGAGGCAGCGUGGCCUAGCGGUUAGAACGCUGGACUUGUUAUUCGGAGGCCUCGAGUUCAAGUCACGCUCUGACCGGUAGCUUGAUUUGUUCGCGAUGGUCCCGAGUUCGGAUCCUCGGCCACAUUUUUAAAUAGCGAGCUGGUUUGCCUCCAGCCAGUUGGGUUUCUUAACCCGUUAAGUUUGAUUUAGAUUAUUUGUUUCUGGCAUUUGCUCUGCCCCUCCUUUGCUAUAAAUACUGCCGAGGGUAAAUAACGGAAUUAUUGUUAUUACUAUUGUUAUUAUUAUUAUUACAAAUCUUUCUAGUCUUCAAUUUUCUCUUGUUAGCAACCUCGUUCCCAGGGCCCGCCUCUCCCAUUUUUUAAGGAGAGGCCUGGGGACGGGAUUGUCUUGUUAGGUACAUUUUGGACAUACUCGAGAAAGACUCUGCAUGAAUCGAGUCAGAUCUUUGUUGAGCGUGCGCUGCAUGUUGCUAGGAUAUAGUUUGGAACCCAGGCCUAACAGCCGCACGCUUGCUACAGGGGGCUCGUUUGUGACCAUCGGUUUAUCAAUAAAGGGAUGCUUGUACUCGAAAAAAAAAAAAACAAUUUGACGAGAGAAAACAAGAUUGACCAGUCCAGACGUUCGGGCUGCGGCGACCUCAGAGGUUUGACGUGACUCAGACACUGAGCCUCCUUUUUUCCUUAUUUCUCAAGUAGACAAAAGCUAGGAAGCUCUGCUCGCAGGGUGCAUUCUGGGUGACAUAGCUAAAAAAGCUCCUCCUUUCUGAUUGCAGAUCCGAUAAAUAUAGUGCUGAUAACAUGCUAGGCACCAUCUUGCCGCGAGUUAUCACUGCUGGAACGGUAACAAGAAGGGCAGUGGAACCGACAUGGCUGACUGCUAGUAACCCCAGGGUAAGUGGCUAAGAAUUUUAUUAAACAAGAAUUUAGGAGUAAGGAUAUGCUUACACUACACUGGUUAGCUUUUUGAGUGGAAAGAAAAUGCUAAAGCGAUUUUCGUAUGAUCUUGAAAACUGGUUUCGGUAAGUGUUCGUUAUUUGUUUUAUCAGCCAAUGAAUGAAAAGAUCAAAACAUGGACUCUUUGUUUUCCCACCAAAGAAAACCCUAAUAUGGAGAAGGCAUUGUUCGAUUGGCCAGUCGUGUUGCAGUAUGACGUCAAAGCGAAGUAUCGAUUGAUUUCUAGAAAGUUCUUCGGGCAUGAAGUUUUUGCACCCGAGCGUUCGCUUAACCAAUCAAAAGCCACGGACGUUUGUAUCCGUUCGACAAACCGAUCAAAUCGCUCUAUUUCCGUUCGUUUGUUGUUUCUGUUUUGUUCGCGCGUUUUCAUUUCAAGGUUAUACGAAAAUCGCUCUAUCUGGUGUAGUUUGACCAGCAACCGCACGGGACUGAAGCAAGUCGUUCACGCUCAUCGAACAUCGUGCCGGAGCAAUUAGCCGAGAGUGCUUAGUGCUCUAAAUCUCAGUCCUCACUACUGAAUAAUUACUUCCGUCUCGGUGGGUUCCAGUCCUCGCUCCUACUUAUUCACUUCCUCUGCGUUCCGAAUAACUGUUCACUCGCCGCUUAAGUGUGGCACAGAGCCUGUCCGAUAUAGGACACUCCACUUUAGAGAUCGGUGCGUUGCAGCUUCGCUCCGCCUCAGAAAGUAGAACAGUAGUGUAAGUUAUUUUACGUCCCUCUUCUUCUCAGUCUUAAAUGAUAGACUAACACUGGCCAGGCGCUGUGACAGUAGUCGUUGCAUAGGUUCAUGUGAAAUAUACAUACGGUUACUGUUUUGAUUGUACCUAGAAUGGAUACGCCAAAAUCAGAUUGUCAUCUGUACUCAAACUACAUGAUAGGAGUCUUAUAACUUAAAACUGAACCCGCAUCAUAUGAUGUGUAAUCCAUAUCCGCAUCCACCACACCAUCAAGGGCUAACCGCCGACACCGGUUAAUUUUAACGUACUUAACAUGAGGUUGAUCACCACUUUAUUAAGAGCUAACCGUUUUUAAAAGAGUGCUUAACCCUCAACUCUUUCCUUGCACAGCUGUCUCUUACUCUGAUUUCCCCACUUUUUUAAAAAAUCUGCCCAGGCAAUUAACUCGCAUAAAUGGUUCUCUACGAGGAGUAUAGCGUUAUGUAAUAAACAAAAGGUGUCCAACCUGCUUUUAAGAUAUCCAUUCUAGUCAUAACCUUACUCUUUCAUCGGUUUUCGCCUUCAGGAGGAUCGUGUGGGGUCUGAGUUAAAGGCUAUGGUGCGGGCUCCUCCUGGGUACUGUUUAGUAGGGGCUGAUGUAGACAGUCAAGAACUGUGGAUUGCUGCCAUAUUAGGAGAUGCGCAUUUCGCUGGGAUUCAUGGUAAGAGGGUUAUAAAAAAUGUAUGUCAAACGUUGAAGAGAAGAGUGGUUUUAACAGAACGAAUUAACCCUUAAGCCCCAAUGGUGACCAACACCAACUUUCUCCUAAAGAUAUCCAUACCUUGUCAAGAGAUAAGGUUAUGACAAUUAAUGAAGUGAUCACUAAAGGGAAGAUGCUUUGAUCUUUUAUCAAAUUCUCUCAACUUAUUCUUUAAAGAAAUGUAUAGAGAUCAGUUUGGAGAAUUUGCUUGUGGAUAUUGGGGCUUAAAGGGUUAAAAGGCUGGGUUUUACCAGCCGUCACAUUGGUAAAAGGAAGGACGUUUUUAAGAGAUCAACCGGAAGUGGACGUUUUGUGUUUUUGGACAGCGAUUUUGCCCAAAUUUACGGGCAAAUUGUGUCUAGACGAGCAAAGACACUUAGCCGCAAUACAAAUUUGGUAGCACUAAGGCAUAUUAAAAUAAUACAGGGCCCACCCCGGUUGACGUGCGCCGUCCACAGGCGUUUACUCGCGAAGCAAGAGGAAGAGAGUUUUCGUUUCUACUUCCCUCGUAGCUCGUACUUCCUUGCGUGAAACCAGCAUAAAACGUGGGCUGAACAGCAUUCGAACUCGCUAUCCGGUAGUAAUAACUGACUUCGUAAACUUGGCAUGUUUGAUUUAGGUUGUGAUUCAUUAUUUUAGUGGAAGGCCUGUAAACUAGCUGAAUCGGUUACAAAUUUUAUAAGCAAAGUUUUUACAUUGUAACUAAGGUGAAUUAGAUACCCUGUUUUGGCGGAUUUUCGCAGGUAGCACAGCGUUCGGUUGGAUGACGCUACAAGGUAAGAAGUCAGAAGGAACAGAUCUGCACAGCAAAACUGCCGAAACUAUUGGAAUAAGUCGAGAUCAUGCUAAGGUGAGAUGUUAGUCGAGGUGAGAUGGAAGCCUCAGGCGUCUCCUCCCACCCCCAAAUCACCGUCAGGAGAGAAAGCGGACCACAGUUAAAAGUAGUCUCUCUCUCUUCCCUCGUCCCACUCCCCCCCCACUCACCCACCCGUGGGUUAAGGAAUGACACGGCUGACAUUUUACAUUAGUUCCUUUGCAAACGGCUUCCCUCUGUGCAGGCUUCCCAAGGCUGAGCGAUUGCGAGCGACUGGGAAUGACACAGAACAACCAGCAAACAUAACAAUCGUUCCUUUUAUUUUUUUUUUUAGAUUUUCAACUAUGGUCGUAUUUAUGGCGCGGGGCAAAAAUAUGCUGAGAAGUUGCUUCUUCAGUUCAACCAUCGUCUGACAGAAAGCGAAGCAAAGCAGAAGGCGGAAACUCUGUACGCAAACACCAAAGGAGUUGCCAAGUAUGUUAUUUCUUUUGUGUAAACUGGGGCUAAUUUAGAGGCUAUGACUGUUAUUUUAGUCACGUUCACUUAUGUCCUAAUCCGACGUUCGUUUCCCCUCCAUCACAAAAAAAUAAAUUAAGUAAUAAAUAGUAAUAAUGAUAAUUCAUGGAAACUUUAUUUGUGUUUUUAAUGUACAAUUGUAAAUCUCGCUACGCAUAGGCAAUUUACUAUUGGCUGCUUGAGAUUGAAUUGUUACAAAAAAAACCAAAACCAAAAAAAUCAAAAUUACAUUAAGUCUGGGCUACCCCAAUUCCUAUGUCUACAACAAGAGAUGUAAUAUGAUGUAAUAAUAAUAACAAUAAUGAUAAAUAAUUAAUUCUUUAAUUUACCCUCGGAAGUAUUAUAGCGCAAAGGCUUGUGGGGCCGAGCAAACAACGGAAACAAAUAAUUGUUUGAUCAUUCGAUCACCGAGUUUGUUUUUUAAUGAUAUAUUUGGGAAGCCAAGCGAUCUGCCAUUUUUACGCAAGAGCGAUCGCAUGGAGGAGAAAAGCGUGGUUUCAUUUACGCAUGAGCAGUGUAUUAUUUGCAGCCAAACACAGUUGGAUAACAGUGCGCAUUGGCGACCGUUAUUUGUAGGCAGUUAUUUACAGGUCAAAUGGUGGGCUGUCGGCCAAUGAAAAGGAAGAAAAAUUUGCAUCGAAUGAUAAUUCAAAUAAACAUAACAAGGUUAAUAAUCAGUCCAACCGGUCCAAUGUAAACCAGUUGACUAUUUACAUGCUUGAUCGUGAAUUUGAACUUGGGCUCACUACCAAGAACAAAUCCAGCUACCGCGGUCAUGGGGGGUGGGGUGGGGGACUUGAACUCGGGGUCUCUGGAGUACAAGUCCAGCCAUCUAACCGCUCGGCCAUGCCGGCUCCCGUCACGUUCCAUGCAAGUCAGAAAUCCCUGCUUGUUACGCCCUUAUGAGAUUGUAUCUGUACUUCGUCUUCCUUCAAACAUUUUUCAAAAUCACCCGACGUUUGUAUACCAUGCGCAACUGAGGUAAACUAGUUUAUCGUUCAAUUUGCACACUACAUUUCGUGUCUAAGGACAAACUGAGAAGAUUUGUGAGCACAAUGGUGUGAGAUCUGCUUUUAUCGCCUAAAUCGGCCUCAGGUCUUCUUCAGUUCUUCUUUGCUUGUCGCGAAAGUGUUCAUUAAUUGUAGUUGGAAAUGUUUCAGUUUGUUCGGUCGUCUAAUAUUCAUCUACAUCGCCAUAAUAAAAUGAAAAUUGAAGUCACUACAAAAUAGAACCACAAAAGUGAUGAAUGUUUAUGUUAAAAAAAAUUGGAUAAAUCAUUUCUUGUUGAUAGGCACUGUAAACAAAUGCAAGCCAACCUGGUGCCUAAGGCAUUUUUUAAUGGCGCCGCUGAAAGGAAUUCCUCAGAAGAGGCCGCAGAGAUAAGGAGGAAUUUUGGCCGGUUAACUUACUGAGUUAUUAUCUCCCGCUCAGUCGACAAGGGUUUUAAAGAGCGGGAAAACUAACUACGUGAAUUUCAAUAUGACUGCCAAUAUGGCAACCAGUGUGGCUGCCAAUGUGGUUGCUAAGUGGCCUCCAGUGUUAGUGCUAACCACUUGGUCAGCGGCAACGUUUUCAGUAAGAAACACGACUUUUCUUUGUUAGAAAAAUCAAAUGAUCCCAAACCGAAAAAAAAAACUGGAAGAAAACACGUUCUCUCUCAGAAAAAUCGAACGACAUAAAAAAAACAACAACAACAGCAGCAAUCACUAAGGACUAAAACAUAAAAACCGCAAUUGUCAAGAGCAAAGUCGAAAAAUUGAUAUCAAAAAUGGUUGAAUUCCCAGAAAUGAAAUCUUUAAUGACACCCUUUUUUUAUUACAGUGGAAAUUCACUUGAUGUGUCUGAGCGACUUAUAUGGUCGAAUUGACAGUGCACAAUUCAUGAUGGCUACAAAGACUAUACUAUAGGCAGAAUACCCUGUCCCUUCCCCGCCGUCAUAGAAAAAGAGUGGUUUGGAAAAUGAGCAGAAUAAAAAAUAAGUUUUUUCAAGGCGUUCAGUGGACUCAGUUCGCGUCUUAUUAAAAAAAAAAUUGAAAGAAAGAAAGAAAAAGCAGACACGGCUAUACGUAGCACUGCAUUUUAACCUUUUCACUCCUAGAACAAUUUAUGAAAGACUUGAAGGUGGAAAUGAUCCUCGCAGUUGAAUAAACGACCUAAGCGGUUGAAAAAAUAAAAAACUGAAAAAUUCAGGCUUGACCGGGAAUCGAACGCUGACCUUUGCGAUGACCGCACGUAACGCUCUAGAUCCAUUAAGCUCAUCAAGCCAACUGGAGACCGGGCCACUGUGAGGUAGUGAUAUACCCAGUGGUGAAAAUGACAUGAAUGAAAAUAGAUGGAAUGACUCAUACUUUGAGUUGCGGAUAACGAAAUAAAAGUGGAAAUGAUCCUCGCAGUUAAAAAAAAAACGCGGUUGUAAAAUAUGAGUUAUUUCAUAUAUUUCAAUUUACGAACGAUUAUCCAUCACUCUAAUUUGAAAAUUUGUGGACAAAAGUGUAUGUUCUUAAAAUAAAUCCUCUCUAGCAGUACAUUUGCGUAAUGUAUGUCAUAGCAUUUUAGAAAGAGAAAUUUCAUUAUUUUUGUGAAUCCUUUCCUUGGGUCAGUACUGUGGUUCACAAAAGGCUAAUUUACGGCGCGAUCAGAACUAUUGAUAGGAGAUUCCAUUUACGGAUAAAGGUGUUAAAACGGCCACCUGUAUUUUUGAACAACCGAACAACUGAAUAAAUGGCUGGUUAUUUUUACUUUUAUUUUCUCUACUCUACAGCCAUUUUGAGACAAAAUCAUUUGUACAAAUACACUGCCUGGCCCUGUGUUAAACAUUUGUUAUAAAUGGAAAUUCACGAAUGGAAAGUUAGCGAGAAAUUUCAUCGUUGUUGCGUUGAAGAUGGAUAAAUCUCGUCGGCUGCGGCAAACGUGGUAAUGGUGGGAAAAAUGGUUCAGGUAACAUUCGUUGGGGAUUGGCAGCUAAUUCUCUCAUAAGAAAAACUUUCUUCAAUAGAACGUAGCUUCAGGUUCACGAUACCCUCUCUUGUGUGUGUUUUGUCAAAUUCUCUUGGUCCCAAAUUUCCAACAAGACAGUCGGAAAUUUAAACUCGGUUGGCGUUGUUGAUUUGUUCUUUUCGCUUUUGAUCGCAAUAUGCUGCAUGUUCAGAAACAGUGCAAGGUAUAAAGCAAACGUUAUUGUUAUAAACAUGCAAAUUUCAAGAGCGGACUUAAAAGAAAGCUUAUAGAACGUAAAGGAUGCCGCGUGUAUGAAGAAUGUUUUAAUGGCAAAAGAAGCACUUCUUACCGUGCAAGUCAGGUAUAAGCUCCGACGGCGCGGCGUCUCAGGCUGCCAGCGAGAUGAAUAAAAAGUAAGCAGUGAGUUUCAGUUCUAACACGAGCUCUGCUGGUUGCGAGGCUCACCUUCUGUUUGGCAAAAGGCUACAACACCCUUCUUAGUCGGGCGUAGUUUUCCGCCCAAAUCUUUUUUAAAAAUAACGAGUUUACUGAGCAGCGGAAAGCCCGAUAUCGUAAAACGAGAAGCCAUGAAUUUCAGUUCUACCACAAGCCCUGCUGGUUGCGAGUCUGACCUUGUAUUCGGCAAAAGACUACAACACCGUUCCCCCUGGGGUGAAGCUUUUCUGAUCUUCCUCAUCAUCUUUAACAUCAUCAGCUUUCCAGUCACCGCAGUUUUGAACGCGCUGGUGAUGAUCUCUGUUAAGGCAAAAUCACGACUAAGAGCACACAAGUCCAACAUUUUACUGGCGUUCCUGGCUUUGACAGACUUUACAGUCGGGAUUCUAGUUCAACCUACCUUCGCCGCUGUGUUAAUCAUGUUGUUACUUAACGAGCCUCGUGGAUAUUGUGUUCUGCAGGUUCUUAGAUUUGCCAAUUCUGUCGUGGUUGUUUCCUCGCUUUUCCACUUGGUUUUGUUAAGCGGGGAGCGGUACAUAGCCAUGAAGCACCCUUUCUAUUACGUUACCCUGGUCACCGACGGUCGCUUGCUUGUUGCUAGUGCAUUGGCGUGGUUCCUAUCCGUAUUUCAGACAGUGCUUCUGUUUCUCAUGAGCAAAACUAUGGUUUUGCGGGGUACAACAAUUUCCAUGAGUGUAUCUCUUGCGGUAAUCUUUUUCUGCCAUGUCACAGUUUGCUUUGAAACUCGUCGACAUGAAAAACAACUUGGUGCUCAGCAAACCACUCCAGAGGCAAGGAAAGAAUUUGAGAAAAAUAAGAAGGCUGUUAAACUAACGUCCAUAAUCCUUGCCGCAUUAUUAUUGUGUUUUAUACCCGGAAACGUUGGUAACAUUGUUGUAUCAAGGUUUGCUGGUCAUGUAACUGAUGAGAUAAUUUUUCUGUUUGCCUUUCUCUCUCUUUCGUCAAGUUUCUUAAACUCGUUGCUUAACCCAAUUAUUUACGUGUUAAGAAUGAAGCAGUUUAGGGUCGCGUUUAUUGAGUUAUUGUUCAGAACUGUAAACACUGCAGCCGCUGAAGAAAUUGAGAUACGAUUUUUUGGAGUACGUAAUGCUGCAGGUAGAGUCAACAGAGUAAAGACUGAACGAAGUCAAAAUGAACAAGCUCAACAAGAUGUGAGUGAAGAAAACCUGUAAGCACUAACAACAACAGUUGUGUCGAACUAAUUAUUAUGUUGAUGCUCUUUUAGUUUCUGAAACUGUAAAAUUACAGAAUAAGGCUGCUCGCGUAAUCUUAACUAGGCUUUCCAGUCAAUGGACUUUUGGCGUGCUUCUUGUCCACUUCUUAUUCCGUUCUGUUACUCUUUAGCGAACCUGUGUUUUUGGGUGGGGAUUUGACCUUUUUUCAAAAAUUUGCAAUCAAAUUCCCUGCCCACGGGCAAAUCAUUCCAGUCAAAUGCAACCAAAUUUCCCCACCACAGGCUGCACAUUGCUGUCAAUCCCAAGGGAGAACCUAAGAAAGGCGCAAUAAAAAUAUCUCCAAAUAAAACUCUGCAAUCUUUUAUGAACGUUGCUGCAUCACCAAAGAGACAUGUUCCUGUUACAGCUGCAAUUAUACGUUUUAACCAUAAUCCGUGUUACACUGCGUACAAUACAUAAACCUUUACGAGAAAGUCCACAUUUUGUAAGUUUAAGUAUACCGUUCUUAGUAAAGGGUACAAAGAAAGUCCGUUUUAUAAGUUUACAGUGAUUGUAGCGAAUGAGCCAUACACUAAUCACUUGUACUUGCAAAAAUCGACUUGGUUUCUCUUUACUUCCGUUUACUUUGAUACCACAGUAUUUUUAGAGGUUCAAUUGAUCAAAAACACGCUAAAUCAAACGAAAUUUGAAGACAAAACAGUGAAAUACACUCAGCCUUCGCUUGUUCUCAUUGGCCUCCAUGACUUCCUGAUCUUUUCAAACCGUACGGCGCAUGCGUGAAGCGUGGAAACAUGGAAGCGGGAAACAUAUGUUUGGUCUCAGUCUUUUUCGUCCGAGUCGGAAAGAAAGAUUCAAAUAUCCCCUCCCCUGGGAGAACAAGAUCAAUCAAAUGCCCUACCCCAGGGCCAACAAAGACAAAUCCCCACCCCAUGCCCUUAAGUGUUAUAACAUUAACACGUUAUCUAAAGAUUUAUUAGCAAUUCAAGUAGAAUGUGAGGCUCUUUUAGAUGAUAAACAAAUGAUUAAGUUUGAUCUAUCGGAAGAUCAAAUGAUGACUUUUUUCUGCGCAAUCUAUAAAAUAUAGGCCUUUUUUCUCGGACAUAUUUUGAACUAGAUGUAGAGAAUGUAUUGCAGCCUCAAAAGAACAACGUUUUCCUUUUCUAAAGUAUUUAAAAUAAUAAUAAUAAUAAUAAUAAUAAUAAUAAUAAUAAUAAUAAUAAUAAUAAUAGACAGGAUAAUUUAUCACUGAUACAUCAUCCAAAUUGUCGUUAUCACAGUGGUCGCUGUUUUCAUGCUUGCUAUUGAAUCGAGGCGGAUUCCAUUUUCUUUCGUUGCUUGAUGCAAAUGAAAACAUUUACUCGGGGAAAAACUGAUUAACCUAGUAUUUAUUCGCAAGUGGAGUCUAAUUGUUUUUGUACGAGAGCUGUUAACGACUUCAUUUGAUAGUGACGAGCACGUAGAACAAACUGUAAAUUAAUAAAAAUAGCUUCAUUUUCGUCGAUUUUCGGACAAUUUUUAUUCUUGUUUUCCACGUCGGAAAAAGACGUCUUCCAUACAUGCAUGCAUACAGACAUCAUCUCUUUCAUCCUACGCUCGUCCUAAUUGUGCCUGGUUUUAGAAUUGCCCCAGAUUCCCUGUUAUCUUGGCGCAUAUUAUGCAACCCGUUACCUCUGACGGCUUUUACGGAUAUUUAGAAAAUGAAAAGAUUAUCCAAACUUAAUUACCGGCGGAAAAUUAAACCAAAGAAAUGCGAAAAUGCACAUUAAAAGAUCACCGUAUACAAAAAUAUGAACAAAAGGUAAGAAAAUAAGGAUGGCAGAUGUUUGCAAAGACAAGCACACAGUUUUCCGCCCAAUCUUUUAAGACCCAGAACGAGUUCAUUCAGCAGCGGACAGUCCGAUAUCGUAAGACGAGAAGCCAUGAAUUUUAGUUCUACCACACGCCCUGCUGGUUGCGAGGCUGACCUUAUGUUCGGCAAAAGAUUACAACACCCUUCUUCCUGGGGUGUAGCUUUUCUGAUCUUCCUCAUCAUCUUUAACAUCAUCACCUUUCCAAUCACCGCAGUUUUGAACGCGCUGGUGAUGAUCUCUGUUAAGGCAAAAUCACGACUAAGAGCACACAAGUCCAACAUUUUACUUGCUUUCCUGGCUUUGACAGACUUUACAGUCGGGAUUCUAGUUCAACCUACCUUCGCCGCUGUGUUAAUCAUGUUGUUACUUAACGAGCCUCGUGGAUAUUGUAUUCUGCAAGUUCUUAGAUAUGCUAAUAUGGUCGUGGUUGUUUCCUCGCUUUUCCACUUGGUUUUGUUAAGCGGGGAGCGGUACAUAGCCAUGAAGCACCCUUUCUAUUACGUUACCCUGGUCACCGACGGUCGCUUGCUUGUUGCUAGUGCAUUGGCGUGGUUCCUAUCCGUAUUUCAGACAGUGCCUCUGUUUCUCAUGAGCAAGACUAUGGUUUUGCGGGGUACAACAAUUUCCAUGAGUGUAUCUCUUGCGGUAAUCUUUUUCUGCCAUGUCACAGUUUGCUUUGAAACUCGUCGACACGAAAAACAACUUGCUGCUCAGCAAACCACUCCAGAGGCAAGGAAAGAAUUUGAGAAAAACUAGAAGGCUGUUAAACUGACGUCCAUAAUCCUUGCUGCAUUAUUAUUGUGUUUUAUACCCGGAAACGUUGCUAACAUUGUUGUAUCAAGGUUUGCUGGUCAUGUAACUGAUGAGAUAAUUUUUCUGUUUGCCUUCCUCUCUCUUUCGUCAAGUUUCUUAAACUCGUUGCUUAACCCAGUUAUUUACGUGUUAAGAAUGAAGCAGUUUAGGGUCGCGUUUAUCGAGUUAUUGUUCAGAACGGAAAACAAUGCAGGUAGAGUCGACAGAGUAAAGACUGAACGAAGUCAAAAUGAACAAACUCAACAAGAUGUGAGUGAAGAAAACCUGUAAGCACUAACAACAGCAAUUGUGUUGAACUAAUCAGAGAUUAUGAUGAUGCUCUUUUAGUUUCUGAAACUGUAAAAUUACAGAAUAAGGCUGCUCGCGUAAUCUUAACUAGGCUUUCCAGUCAGAGGCGAUUUUCUGGAGUACCUAAUGCUGUGGAUAGAGUGAACACAGUAAAGGAUGAACAAAACCUAGAAGGGCAAAAUCAACAAAAUGUGAAUGAGGAAAAUGUCAGCUGAAAUGUGUCCAACAGUAGCAAUCGUGGCAGGAAUGCUCUGCCUCAAUUAUGAAAAACAUAUGCCUUGAAGAAGAAUUGGACAGUGACUUGAACUCUUUAAAAUGCCAAUUGUCAACAUGGUACACAAGCAUUUCAAUUCAUUUAUUUAUAAUUAAUAUUCAUUCUUUUUUUUUUUUACGUUUCUAGUGUAAUUGGCUCAAAUCCCAGGGCCUAUUUUUCUUAACGAGCUAGCUUUGACCAAAUUUGGCCUGAUAUCCCAGCCUGCGAAUACAGCCCUCUGUCCUUGCUCCUCGCCUUAAGGGACGUCUUCGUUUACAUGGUGUCAUGAAGCAAGCCGUGCUGGUUACGAAGCUGCACUAGAAAGUUUGCAAAGCUGCAAAAGCUUAUCAAAACAAAAUCAGGAAGGACUAACUAAAAAAUGAAAUGUUAAAAACAGUUACCAUGAUCAUAACUUUGAUGUGUUGGCUUAACACGAAAAACACUCAACUGUUCGCCCUUCAAUUCAUUCGAAAAUAUCCUCUACGGCCAUAAUUAU